CUGCAUCCACCUGCUCCACAAGCUCCACCACAGUAUCCUCCACUAUCGCCACCGCACAACACACGCCGCUCCACCACCACACCACAGCACACCACAGCACUGCACAGCGUCAUGGCGGGCGUGGCUGUGUUGGCGCUCCUUGCUACUCUGGCCCUGCAAUGUGGACAAGGCCAAGAGGUCCUGGUGGGUCGAGAAGUCGUGGAGUCGUCAGCGAGGCGUUUCGUGGAAGAGGCAGAGAAGGAGCUGAUGAACCAGUGCACCAGAACCAUGCAGGCUGCUUGGAACUACCAGACCGACCUCACAACGCAUCACAGAACCCUCCUGGUUAACGAGCAGGACACUUUCAAGAGGAUGCAGGAGGAGUCACGGCAGGAGGCUGGCAGGUGGCGCUCCGUUGACUACUUGUUCACUGACUCGGAUCUGAAGGACAGGUUGGACAAGAUGAGUGUGAUUGGCCUGCCUGAACUGCCCUCUCCCUCUAUGACCUCCUACCGAAGGGUCCUCUCCGACAUGACUCAUAUCUACACCAGCGCCUCCGUCUGUAGCCGCUACCGUCCCUCCCGCUGCUCCCUCACGCCCCACUCAGGUCUGAACGAGUUAAUGUCUACAAGUCGUGACCCCGAGGAAUUGUCUCAACUGUGGGAGUCGUGGAGGGACAGAACAAAGACCAUCAGACACUCCUACCGCGCCUUCGUCGUCCUUGCCAACCGCGCCGUCCAGGGAUUCAAUUUCAGGCACAAGGGGGACAUGAAUUAUGUUGAAUAUGGCGCUGGGGACCUGAUGGAGCAGCUGCAGGAGGCGUGGGAGCAGCUGCAGCCUCUUUACCUCCAAUUGCACGCGUACGUCAGGAGGAAGCUGCGAGAGGAGUACGGUAGCCAGCUGGUGACGGAGAGGGGGCCGCUACCUGCUCAUCUACUGGGGAAUAUUUGGGGACAGGAGUGGCCCCUCGCCUACCUCCUGCCCCGUCCCGACCUGCCGCCUCUCGAUGUUACGCCUGAGAUGGUGCGCCAGGGAAUGACUCCAAGAGCUAUCUUCGAAAUAGCUGACGACUUCUUCGUCUCUCUGGGUCUUGAGCGCGCCCCUCCUUCCUUCUGGCGGACCUCCCUUCUGCAGGAGCCCGAGGAUAGAAGCGUGGUGUGCAGCGCCUCUACCUGGGACUUCUGUGACGGCAAGGACUUCAGGGUGAAGCAAUGCACCAAAGUGACCCAGGAUGACUUCGUGUCCGCCCACCACGAGAUGGCGCACCUGCAGUACUUCCGCCAGUACCGACACCUGCCCUAUCUAUACCGCAAGGGCGCCAACCCAGGUUUUCACGAGGCCAUUGGGCUUGCUGUGGGGCUGAGUGUCGCCACGCCGCGCCACUUCCGCCGCAUGGGUCUGAUCAGGGCAGGAGAGGAGCCAGGGUACCUCUCGCAGAUCAACACCCUCAUGCACCUCGCCCUGCGCCAGCUGCCCUUCAUGCCCUUCGCCAGGGUGAUGGACCUCUGGAGGGAGGGGGUGUUCAACGGGACCACUCACGAGAAGGACUGGAAUUGCGCCUGGUGGGACCUCAGAGUCAGCGUGCAGGGCAUCAAGCCGCCAGAUGUCAGGACGGAGAAGGACUUUGACCCUGGCGCCAAGUACCAGAUAGCUGCUGACUCCUCCUACACCAGGUACUUCGUGGCCUUCGUGUUGCAGUUCCAGAUUUACAAGUCGCUGUGUAUGGCUGCCGGGGAGUACGACCCGAAGGACAAGAGGAAGAGCCUUCAUGAGUGUGACUUCUACCUGUCCCCUGCUGCAGGAAACAUUCUUCGCUCUGUGAUGAAGCUGGGCGCCUCCAAGCCGUGGGAGGAGGUGGUGGAGGUGCUGACGGAGGGGCGGGAGACAGGACUUAACGCUACAGCCAUGCGAGAGUACUACAAGCCCCUGGAGGAGUGGCUGACGAGGGAUAACCUGAGACACGGGGAGUAUGUGGGAUGGAGACCAGAUGGAGAGUACUGCCUUUACAAGAAGCCGCUUCGCUAUAGCAGAUGUAGUGUUGGCUAAAUGUCCCCGUAUACUUUUCCCUUAUACUCUAUUCCUUACUUUUUCCUCAUUCUCUUCCCUUAUACCUUACCUUUACAUUACACCCUCAUCUGCAGUUCUAUCCUGAUACAAAAAUCUUAUAUACCUCAUCUUUAUACUCUACGAUUCUCUCAUAUUUAUUAUUUUACUUAUAUUCAGUCUUUUACCACGUUUGCACCCUCAUACUCUGCCUGUGUGUGAUACCCUAAUACGAAUCUCUUACAGUUCUCUCAUAUUCCAGUGUUAUUUAGUGUAUACAGUGGAGACUCAAUACUUGAACUUUUCAAUAUAUGAACGCAAAAAUUCGAUUUGAUAAUACGAAUCUCUUAUAUACUUCAUCCUUACACUCUUAGAAUUCUCUCACAUUCCAGUCUUAUAUUAUUUAGCGUAUACAGUGGAGACUCAUUACUCAAACAUCUUAAUAGUCGAACUUUUCAAUACAUGAACGUAAAACUUCGAUUUAAUCCAUAUUCAUUGUCUUUUUACCACAUUCUUGCCUAUCAUUCACUCCUCACACUUCCAUAGACCUCGGCAGCUUUAUUUUGAACACUAGACGUUUGGGUUUAGUGGAAGGAACGAAGCUUUAGUCUCAAGCUUUAUUAAUUCUGUAUAGUGACAAUCCUAAACCAUUCGUGUGGUUAU